UUUACUGUAAUUUCUCCGUCAAAAAAAUAUAAACAAAAUUCACCCAGAUCUGAUGAGGGGGUUAUAAAGAAAGUUUGCCGGGCAAACUAAGGAACAUAAUAGCGGGAGAGACCAGCAAUCAAUAGAGGGAACGGGAAUGCAGAGGCGGUAGAUCUGGCAACAAAUCCGGAUCUCCAAUCAGAAAACUAGUCGACUGAGCCGGAAAUCGAUCUAUUUGGUCUGAGAAGGGUUCUGGUUACCGGGGGAAAGAUUUUGUUCUAUCAACGGUGUUGAGGGUUUCUGGGGCAUCAACGCUAGGGCCACAUGGCUCCUCUGACGCCGAUAUAUGCUUUACAGAUGAGUACUACAGCCUUAUUUGUUGUUGUUUUGCUAUUUGGAUCUGUUACUGAUGCAUUUUAUUUACCUGGAAGUUAUAUGCAUACUUACCCUAAUGGCGGGGAUCUGACUGUAAAGGUUAAUUCUUUGACCUCAAUAGAAACCGAGUUGCCCUUUAGUUAUUAUAGCUUGCCAUACUGUAGAUCCCCAAUAGGAAUAAAAAAAAGCGCAGAGAAUCUGGGUGAGCUUCUCAUGGGCGACCAGAUCGAAACCUCACCUUAUGUUUUUCACAUGAAUAAGAAUGAUUCCUAUUAUCUUUGUACUACUAAGCCAUUGAAUGAGCAUGAGGUUAAGAUCUUGAAGCAGAGGAUUGAUGAUCUGUACCAAGUCAAUGUGAUCCUUGACAAUCUUCCUGCGAUGAGGUAUACUGAGCAGAAUGGCAUUUCUAUAAAGUGGACUGGGUUUCCUGUUGGCUUUGUAUCUGAACAGGACAAGGAUCAUUACAUUAUUAACCAUCUCAAAUUCAAGGUUUUGGUGCAUGAGUACGAGGAUACUGGGUUGAAUUCUUUGAUUGGUGGUGAUGAUGGGACAGUGAUGCCCGACCAGGAUAAUUCUAAGAAGAAAUCUGGGUUUGAAGUGGUUGGAUUUGAGGUUGUUCCUUGCAGUGUUAAGCGAGAUGCAGCUGCAAUGUCGAAGAUUAAGAUGUAUGAAUCAAUCCCUUCUGUACAUUGUGACCAGGAGAUGCAACAGGUGAUUAAAGAGCAAGAGCAGAUUUCCUUUACUUAUGAGGUGAGUUUUGUGAAAUCUGAUAUCAGAUGGCCUUCCAGAUGGGAUGCAUAUUUGAAGAUGGAUGGUGAUCGGGUGCACUGGUUUUCUAUCCUGAAUUCUCUUAUGGUGAUUUCUUUCUUGGCUGGAAUUGUUUUUGUUAUCUUUUUGAGGACCGUCAGGAGAGAUUUGACUAAGUAUGAGGAAUUGGAUAAGGAGGCGCAAGCCCAAAUGACAGAGGAGCUUUCUGGAUGGAAGCUUGUCGUGGGUGAUGUGUUUAGAGCACCAAAUCACUCAAAGCUUCUCUGUGUGAUGGUGGGUGAUGGUGUACAAAUUACAGGGAUGGCAGCUGUAACAAUACUUUUUGCAGCGUUUGGGUUCAUGUCUCCUGCUUCAAGAGGAAUGCUUUUAACAGGAAUGAUUCUGUUGUAUCUCUUCCUGGGGAUUGCUGCUGGUUAUGUUGCUGUUAGGAUGUGGAGGACCAUUCAAGGAGAUUCUAUGGGUUGGAGAUCUGUAGCAUGGUCUGUUGCAUGUUUCUUCCCUGGAAUAGUAUUUUUGAUCCUGACAAUCUUGAAUUUUAUUCUGUGGGGCAGUCACAGCACAGGGGCUAUCCCGAUUUCCCUGUACUUCAUUCUUUUGUCUCUAUGGUUUUGCAUUUCUGUGCCUCUGACACUUUUGGGAGGUUUUAUAGGAACCCGUGCUGAAGCCAUUCAGUAUCCUGUCAGGACUAAUCAAAUUCCAAGAGAAAUUCCAGCCAGAAAAUACCCUUCCUGGCUUCUUGUCUUGGGAGCGGGUACCUUGCCUUUUGGAACUCUCUUUAUUGAGCUUUUCUUCAUCAUGUCAAGCAUUUGGCUCAGAAGGUUCUACUAUGUUUUUGGGUUCUUGUUUGUUGUGCUCAUCCUGCUUGUUAUCGUAUGUGCUGAGGUCUCUGUAGUGCUUACAUACAUGCACCUGUGUGUGGAGGAUUGGCAGUGGUGGUGGAAGUCGUUCUAUGCAUCUGGGUCAGUUGCUCUCUAUGUCUUACUGUAUUCUAUCAACUAUCUGAUUUUUGAUCUUCGCAGUUUGAGUGGGCCUGUCUCUGCAGUGCUUUACCUUGGGUACUCUCUAAUAAUGGUGCUUGCAAUAAUGCUUUCCACUGGUACCAUUGGGUUUUUGACAUCAUUUUAUUUUGUUCACUAUCUCUUCUCAUCUGUUAAGAUUGAUUGAUUAACCUGUUGAAGUGGUCUGUGAGAAGAAGCGUUGAGAAGGUAUUUGUCAUGCAGGAGAUGUAGGGUUUUCUGUAGUCAAAUUCUUGAUUACAGAGGGUAAUUGUAAUGCUCACAGGUUCAUUGGAAGCCUUUGGUCCAAAGCUUAACGUUAGGAUUCAGUUCAUCUUUUGAGUUUUCUUUCCCUUUUCUUAUAGUUCAGAAACAAAAUCCAUUGUAUUAUGGAUAUCUACUUAUUACAUUAAAGGAAGCACGGUUAUAUCUA